AUGGAUAUCGUCGAUAAGCUAUUAGAAUUAUAUGGAAAGACCUCUAGACAGCACUGGCUCACCGCGGCUGCGGUGCUAUCUGGCCUGCUCGUUGUCAAACACGUCGUCCGUGCUCACCGUAUGCUCGCGCAAGUCAACUACACCCCUGGAUAUCGAUUCAUUCUAAGGCCGAAUCCUCUUCUCUCAUUACUCAAGCUUCCGCGCAUUCCGUUCAUAUUCCCGGGCUGGGGAUGGGGGUAUCGUGACAAACAUCAAAUGUACGAAACGUGCAAUUCCGAUAUUAUCACCACAUUUGGUUUGUUUCCCUCACCAGGUCUUGGUAUCGCCAUUGCCGAUGCCGCAGUCGCAAAGGAGAUUGCCACGAACCGGACCCUGUUCACGAAGCCUAUCGGCAUGUACAGGGCGAUCGCCAUUUACGGCACGAACGUCGUAACAUCCGAAAGUGAAGAGUGGAAACUCCAUCGGCGUAUUACCGCUCCGUCUUUCAACGAACGGAAUAACCGGCUAGUCUUUGAGGAGAGCACGAAGAUCAUCUCCGAUUUGUUUGCUCUUUGGGAGAGAAAGCAUGGUGGAGGUAUCGUUACGGUGGACGACAUUGGUGAACUUACUACCCAGUUCGCUCUCAUGGUCAUCGCUGCCGCUGGCUUCGAUGUCCACUAUGCCUGGGAGGACACAGACACAAACGUAAAGCAAGGGUUUGAGUUUACACUCCCCAACUCGCUUCGGACGGUUAUGAGCAAUAUUAUCAUCCGAAUAGCAUUCUCGGACCGGCUCCUUGGACUCUCUAAGAAGGGAAAGAAUACGAAAGUGGCAUUUCGUGACUUCAAGGCCCACAUGAUCAACCUCAUUGAGGAAAGGAAAAAUAUCCCACAAGAGGAGAGAAGAGCGGAUCUCUUGAGUAAUCUCCUCGAAGGGACGGCAGAAGAGACGACUAGUAUCAGGGACGAUCCCACCCUUCAUUUCGGUGAUGAAGAACUAUUAGGGAACAUCUUCAUCUUCCUGUUCGCCGGUCAUGAGACUACAGCACAUACGCUUGCAUUCGCAGUCGCACUCAUUGCUGCCCACCCGGAAAUCCAGGAGAAGCUAUACACUAGCAUUCGCGAACUCGUCCCAAGAGGUGAAGCUCCUACUUAUGCGGCUAUUGUGAAGUGGUCAUACGGUCUUUCUGUAAUCUACGAAACCCUCCGAUUAUACCCUCCUGUCGUCUCCAUUCCGAAACAAGCCACCCAGGACACCGUAGUCACGACGCAUUCAACGGAUGGAAAUGAAACCCCAAUCCUUGUUCCAAUUCCCAAGGGUGUGCCGAUUAUGCUGAGCAUCGUUGGUUUACAUUAUAAUCCUAAAUACUGGGAUAAGCCGCAUGCCUUCAGACCGGAACGCUUCCUCGAAGAGUACAACCGUGAUGCAUUUUUCCCAUUUGCAGCGGGCCCGAGGGCGUGCAUGGGUCGAAGAUUCUCGGAAAUUGAGGCACUCACCUUCCUCGCCAACCUCGUUCUCAACUACAAGUUUAGCGGGACAAAGUUGCACACGAGCGAAACGCCAGAGCAAGUUGCUGCGCGAGUCCUUGGAUGGCGGAUGGGUCCAAUCACCUUGCACCCUGCUAAGGCGGUCUAUGUCAUUCAGCGCUUCCAACCUCCGACAAAUGCACUCCCUGCGCCACCACCGGCGCAGCCAGAAAUGGUAACUCGCGGCCUCAUUGUAUAG